CAAGCCUGGUAUUAUUAAAUUUUAUCAGAGAGGGCAUUUGCUUCUCUUUCCUAGCCAAUGGUUUACGAAGACCGUGCAACCGCCUUCCAAUACUCUUGACGGUGGCCCAGUAGGCUUGUUCUUCGCUUGCGUGUCCGUAGAAGCAAAGAACUGUAGCAAGACUAAACGAUUCAUUUUUUUGCAUAAAGCUGCAGCCAUGCACCAGCCUCUACGGCCGGAGGAGAGAGAGGACUUAUUGGCCGGCAUUGUGGAGACGACGGAGCGAGUACUGAACUGCCAGCCCGUGACGAAGGAUGUGUGGAGGCGAAGAAUUACCGAUGUAUACACACUGUCUCACAGUUCCUUCAGUAUUGAACAAGGCCCUGUUCUCUACAGGAGAGCGGAGGCAGCUAUUGAAAAUCACGUCGAGCAGAAGGGCCGUGAAGUUCUAAAGCUGCAUGGCCUGGACUUAAUCGUGUACACGACGAAUUGCUGGACAUUUUUUGAGAGUGCUACCGCCUUGCUGAAUAACUUAUUCAACCACUUCAACUCGAACCUGGGCCAUAUGCAGAACCUCCGAAGUCGUAUGGAUCAAAGUGGAAUGCAAGCAUGCAUGGAAAUUGGUGUGAUGGCGUUUUUCGUUUGGAAGCGGGUGUUGUUCAAAUCGGGCGUCAUGGCCAGAGUCUUGGACGCUAUUCUCUCGGAAAUCAAAGAAGGCCGUGACGGUAACAUGCGCCUCCAGACCCUCACCAUGGCAAAGUCUCUCUUGCAGAAUGUGUGCUUCAUGGACCACAGACUACAUCAACAGCAAUACAAACCUACCAGUCAGUCCCGCAGCACGACAGUCAGCGCCAGGUCUCAAAACCUUGGCAAGUCCUCUUCUUCGUAUGUCAAGGGAUUUGAGGAGAGGUUCUUAGAGACCGCCACCAUUCACUAUAUGGGUGUUGGAACCCGCCUCGUUUUGAACUCAACCUGUCAGGAGUAUGUGUGGGAGGCACUCGAAUGCAUGCAGCUCGAAGUUGACAACUCCUCUCGCAUUGUCUUACCAUCGACAGUAACAAAGUUGAGGUCCACCCUGGUGGAUUGUUUCGUUACGCAGCAUCAGGACUUCCUGCUCACUGGCAUCACCACACUGCUCCAGGCUGGAAAUGAAUCUGACCUGGACGUGUUCUACAGAUUGAUUCGCUUCGGCGAAUGUGACGUAUUUCUGGACUUCACGCAGCCAAUGGAAGACCACGUCUAUCACACAUUGGUGGACAAGUGCCUGCAUCUGAUGAAAGAGAACCAGACGAUACAGUAUAUUGAUCACAUCUUAGCUCAGCACCGAAUCUUCUUGAAGAUGAUAGCCAACUGCUUCCGUAGCAACACGGCCCUUACCGAUGUCGUCUCCAAGGCGUUUUCUAGGGCCGUGAACAAGAGCCCGCCGGGAAUGCCGACGACGACAGCCCCAGACAUGCUAGCUAAGUACCUUGACAAUAUGCUUCGCAAGGGUGCCAAGAAUAACGAGGCCGACCAAGAGGAACAGCUGGAAUCGUGUAUGUGUGUCUUCCAGUAUAUUCAAGACAAAGACAUUUUCAUGAAGUUCUACGCGCAUCAUCUUGCCAAGCGCCUGAUCUUCAAUACAUCCAGCAGUCAAGACAUGGAGGAGGCCGCCAUCUUGCGGAUGAAGAACCUCUGCGGACACGAGUACACGCAGAAGCUGUACCGCAUGAUCACAGAUCGCAACCUGAGCACGGAGCAGGGCAUGGACUUUGCAACCUUCCUGAAAGAUGCCAACGUGAAGCUCACCAUUCAGCCACAGUUCUUCGUCCUCCAGUCUGGAUCAUGGCCGAUCACCAAUCAGUUGCAGGACUCCCUGGACCUACCGCUGCAACUUCUUCACGUUAAAAAGCUGUUUGACCAGUAUUACAAAGCCAAGCACAACGGCCGUGUUCUGCACUGGAACUAUGCCUUCAGCAUGGGUGAGCUAAAGACCUGCUACUUGGACCGUCCAUAUAGCAUUUCCAUGUCGAUUUUUCAGAUGACAAUUCUCUUGCUUUACAACACUACGCUCUCGAUAUCCAUCCGUGAUAUAAGCGCGAGGACGAAACUCUCCAUGGGCACUCUUGGCGGCCAGCUUAAACCACUCGUCGACAUCGGUCUGCUCAAGCCUGCUAAAGUAGGCGAGGAAUUCAACUGGCGCAACCCAGCCCAGGAGCAAGUGCUGUCAUUGAACCUAAGGUAUAGCAACAAACGAUUCCGAUUCAAGCUUGGAGUAGCUAACACCAAGGAAGUGAAGGAGGAAGCUACCAAGACACGAACAGCUGCGCUUGAUGACCGCAAGAUGUGGCUGCAGGCUGCCAUAGUACGGAUAAUGAAAUCCAGACAGCGCUUGAGUCACCAGCAGCUCACACAGGAGGUGAGCUUUUUUUUUUUCUUCUACAAAAUCCACAUAUCUCCAGACACUGGGGUGAAUGAUGGAGUGUGGUGGUGGGGCCCAUUAAGCUUACACGUGGAACAGUUCGCGUUGUAGUGUAUAGUGUUUGUCGCCGUAUUGUCUCUCUCCAUACUGUCUCUGUCUCUCUCUCUCUCUAUCUCUCUAUCUCUAUCUCUCUAUCUAUCUCUAUCUCUC